AUGAAUUCUCUCCUUUCAACGGAAUAUCCGGAGGAGGUUCUUCUCUCCAAAGGUGUACUGAACAUCGACACCGUUUUUUGGGCCGAUAUGAUCCUUCAACGCUCUGCCGAUAUCCCUGGGGCGGUCAUCGAGAAGGUCGAGCACUAUAAAUGCACCGACGGCUUCGAGCACGAAUUCCUCGCCGUACAUAUCGAUCACCCUUUGAACGACGCAGCUAGCGGCCGGAAGAUCGUCCUCUUCAUGGAGCGCACCCAGCGUCCCAGCCCGUUGACCAUUUUGCUCAGCAGCACUGGAUCACCUCCACCCAUUCCUGCCACCGAUGUCAUUUCAAUCUCGUCUCCAGAAGUGCUAGAUCCCAUUCAAUAUAUAACAAACAACCACUUUCGACACGUCCUCAUCUCCACUCUCCAAUUCGACGACCGCCGCCCAACUGACAGGGACCUUUCGGAUCUUGUGAAUUUUGUCGCAGCAGAAAAGCCCAAAUAUGACUUGAAGUACCAGUGUUAUUGGUUUUCAAGCCUCAUCUACGAUGCGUUAAGGGAUAUAUUUGGUGGCCAGCCGACCGACUCCGAGCAUGCGGAAAUGCGCGGCCAUUUCUACGGUCGCAAAGCGCCGAAAAGCGAAGGGUGGGCAGAACUCAAAUCUAGGUUCAAAAGCUCGACAUCUACCCCCGAGACGAUCAAAUCUGUGAGUUUGUUUGUCCGCCUCUCCGUCUUGAUAGUUUUCUGA